CUCUGUCAUUUCAGCCAAACAGGAAAUGCCUGGAGAUUUCCUCAUAGUUCCUUCGCUAACUGCCACUGAACUUUCAGAACUUGUCACUGGAACAAGUUGAGUUCAGACGGAUCACUUCUCCCUGUCUCAGGUCAAAAACGCUGUUUCCCUGUUCUUUGAGCUGUUAAAAUUCAACCAUGCUGUCGAAGCUCCACAACACAGCUUUUAUCCUGGUCGUAGGUAUAUUGCAACUGGCCAGAUCAUUCAAUGUUGAUGUGAAAAAUCCGAUGGUAUUUACUGGUUCCCAAGGAGAUAUGUUUGGAUAUGCUGUUAAACAAUUUGAAAAUAGUGAAGGGAAAUGGCUUCUUAUUGGCUCUCCCUGGGAAGGGCAACCCAUAAACAGAACUGGUGAUGUUUACAAAUGUCCAACAUUCAAGACUAGCAAUCCAGAAUGUAUGAAGCUAAACUUAGCUGAGUUUUUAACUGUUCCUGAUAUCACUGAAGUUAAAGAGAAUAUGACUUUGGGGAUGUCAUUGGCACUAAAUCCUAAAGCAGGCUUUCUGACAUGUGGGCCACUUUAUUCUUACAAGUGUGGAGGUCUAUAUUAUGCGGCUGGUGCCUGUUUGAAUGUAAGCUCCACUUUCCAAGCUAUAAACACAAUAGCGCCUACAGUGAAAGCUUGCAAGUCACGACUUGAUAUUGUGAUUGUACUUGAUGGUUCCAACAGCAUAUAUCCUUGGACUAGUGUUAACAACUUCCUUAUAAAACUACUGGAAAAAAUUGAAAUUGGACCUCAGCAAACCCAGGUUGGAAUUAUGCAAUAUGGCCAUAAAGUCACACAUGAAGUCAGUCUCAACCAGUACAACACAACAGAAGAUCUUGUGGAAGCUGCAAAAAAGAUAAAACAGUGGGGUGGAAAUGAGACAAAGACAGCACUUGGAAUUGAGUAUGCCAGGACAAAGGAAUUCACAGAAGCACGAGGAAUGCGAAAAGGAGUUUCGAAGGUGAUGGUUGUGGUAACUGAUGGUGAAUCACAUGACAGCUACAAUCUACAGAAUGUAAUCGAAAACUGUGAAAAGGAUAAAAUUCGGAGGUUUGCUAUUGCGGUGCUUGGCAGCUACAACAGAGGAAAUCAGAGUGCUGAAAGAUUUCUAAAAGAAAUAGAGUUUAUCGCAAGUUCACCUAAAGAUAAACAUUUUUUCAAUGUAUCAGAUGAAAAAGCAUUGGUAACGAUAGCCGAAGCCCUCGGAGAACAAAUCUUUGCUUUGGAAGCAACUAGUGACCAGCAAGCUGCCUCUUUUGAGAUGGAAAUGUCACAAGCUGGGUUCAGUUCACAUCACACAGAGGAUAGCAUCAUGUUAGGAGCAGUUGGAGCUUACGAUUGGAAUGGAACAGUGCUUUUACUAAAGAACAAUGAUGCAGUUAUCCCACACAAUGAGGCAUUUUUGGACAAAUCAAAAGAAGUUAAUGAACCUCUUGCUGGAUAUUUAGGUUACUCUCUGAGCUCUAUCUCAGUUCCUGGGGAUGUGUGGUAUGUUGCUGGGCAACCUCGAUAUAAUCAUACCGGACAAGUUAUUAUUUAUACUUCAAAGGGAAAGAAAACAAGCAUUGUGCAGACUCUUAAAGGAGAACAGAUUGGUUCAUAUUUUGGCAGCACUGUGUGUGCCAUUGACAUCGAUGAAGAUUCGUUAACUGAUAUUCUUCUUGUUGGAGCUCCUAUGUACAUGGGAACUGAGAAAGAAGAGCAAGGAAGAGUUUAUGUUUACAAUCUGAAAGAGAAUGAGUUUCGAUAUGAAAUGAUCCUUGAGCCAUUAAAGCAGAAGUGUGGUUGUCAUUCUGCCUCAGGUCUCCAUGCAGGGAAAUUCAAUGAGUCUGAGCAAGCUCAGCAUUCACAGCUUUCUAUAAUGAAACCUCACAUCGUUCGAUCUAAUCAGAAGAAAUUCAGUCUGGCGAUUAAAUUAAUAAACCAAAAGGAAAAUGCCUACAACUCAAGAAUAACUGUGACCUUUUCUAAAAACAUAUAUUUCACUGGAGUUGAGCAAAAUGAUGAUUGCGUGCCAACAGAAUCCAACAAUGUGACAUGUAAAGUGGGAUAUCCCUUUCUCACACCUGGAGCAGAGGUUUCUUUUAAGAUGAAAUUCGAGUUUAAUAGCUCUCAUCUCCUCGGUGAUGUUCACUUACACCUGGAGGCAACAAGUGACAGCAGUGAACAAAAUGAAACAUUGACUGACAAUGAAGUCACCAUCUCGGUUCCAGUAUUGUAUGAAGCUGGGCUUCUCUUUUCAAGAACUAUAAAGGAUGACCAUUUUAAGAUAGCAGCCAAUGAGACAAUUCCUGAGGUUAUUAACAGCAUAGAGGAAAUUGGUGAUGCAGCAGACAUCACUUAUACGCUGUACGUCUAA